AUGGCUCGAGAUGUGCUCGAGGAGACGACGGCGGCGGAGGAGGCGGUGGCAGACGAGGAGGAGGAGGAGGAGGAGGAGGAGGAGGAGGAGGAGGAUGAGGAUGAGGGGAAAGGAGGGAGGGAGGAGGAGGAUGAGGGAGGAGCCAUCUGGCUGCUGAUGGAGGUCCGUCUGUCGGCGUGCCGUCGGUGGGCUGCGCGGCCGCGGCUAUCACAGGGAUUUACCGCACCAUUUGCCCCCCCGCAGCAGUCUCCCGAGGAGAUUCGGGCCAUGGAGGCCGAGGCGACCUUUACCGUCCAGCAGGUUGUCGCCACUGCCUUUAUGUUAUAUCUCUGUGCUGACGAGACGGUCCGAUCCGGUGGUGCAGCUCCCUUUGCCAUCGACAUGGUCCACCGCAUCCUCUAA